UUCAAUAUGUGAUAAUAACAUACAUACAUUUGUUUUACAUAAUUAAUAUUUAUAUCUCGAAGACGGUGAUCGAUUGUGACGUCACUUUUUUGACGUUAGAUCUUUAUUUUGUUCAUCGUCUUGACGCUGGGAUAUUAAUUAACAUGUGGUUUUGACUCGAUUGCAACGACCAAUACGAGUAUACUCGUCUAUAUGAAUUUUGCUCGAUUGGUUAAAAAAAAAGAAAAACAGGGAAAAGAACGAGCAUUCCCAUUAAUUUUGUUUGUAUUAAAGCUUGGAAUUACGUUAAUUUCGUGACCAUGUGGCUUGCAUUUUUUGCGCCAAACGUCAAUCUAUGUAAGAUAUUUAUAUUUCACGUGUUAUCGCGCUUUCGCGCCAUUUUUCAUUUGGCAGCGAUAAUAGCGCACGAGUUUCAAUGUAUUUCCGUUUUUCGAGGUUAGCGAGGAACAAUGUGUUUUGCGAUGACGAUUUCGUUCGUAAUUUUUUACGAAUUUAACGUCGUCUCUGUCAAUUUGUCCUGUGUAUAUGUUUAUUUAUUUAUUUAUUUAUUUAUUCUACUUUUUUUUUUUUUUUUUUUUUUUUUUUUUUUUCUUUUUUUAAUCCCUUCCCCUUCAACAGAAAUGUGAGCUCAUUUGACUGUUACAUUACUCUGUAAACCGUCGUCGAAACGUUAAGACGUACCUUUUGUAUGUUUUACGUGUUCAGUCGCGAGGUUGCAGUGAAAAGAAGAGUAUAAGUGUAUAAAUGAGAAAAAAUUAAUGGAGCUGUCCGUUUUGAGAAUUACCAGUCGAAGAUCACUCAAGAAAUGGCAUAUCAAAGAUAUUUUGACUCAAAGAUCACGAUACAUCAUCAGGCUCAGGAACAACAGCAAUGCGGUAUCAACGAAACAAAAAACGUCUUUAGCCCUGAAAGCAGCAACCCCUUGAUCAAUGAUCCAUUGGACGUAGCGAAGAUGGAAAAUGCUGAAAUAAUGAUGACCGAGGAAACAAUACUUCGAUGCACUUUCUGUGGCGACGUAUUCGUGGACGAGCACACUUUAGUUUUACAUCUACAAAGUCAUGAACAGGUACCGGACGAAUCGUUCGUUUGCGAGCACUGUGGUUGCAAUUAUCCAACUUCACUGGCACUGAUAGAACAUCAGGAGGAACACGCGAUACCGGAAAAGAACUAUAGUUGCGAAUCUUGCGAUUACGUCACUUUACAUCGACCUAGUCUCGUUAUUCAUCAAAAACGUCACGGUCCUCAGUUAAGGUAUCAAUGCGAGAUCUGUGGCCUUGGUUUCACAACACGUAAUAGUUAUCAAGAUCAUCAACUUUUGCAUUCUCGCGAAAAACCAUUUCAAUGUGAAAUUUGUAACGCCACAUUUCGAUAUCGUCAGGGUCUUAGAUUACACGCUAAACUGCAUCAGCCCGAUUAUGUUCCACCUCAGAAGAAACAUCAUUGCGAAUUGUGUAAUAAGCGUUUCUCUAGGAAACAAGUAUUAUUGGUGCAUAUGAAGACUCAUGGUAACGUAGGACCGUCCAAUGAAUACGUCUGUCCUAUCUGUGGUAAAGCUGUCUCCAGUAAAACUUAUUUGACGGUACACUUGCGUAAACAUACCGGUGAGAAACCACACGUUUGUGAUCUUUGUGGAAAAGGUUUUAUAUCACAAAACUAUUUGAGUGUUCAUCGACGCACGCAUACAGGCGAACGACCUCACAAGUGUACGCACUGCGAAAAAAGAUUCACACAACGUACCACUUUGGUCGUACAUUUGCGUGGACAUACCGGAGACAGACCUUAUCCUUGCACUUAUUGUCACAAAUCCUUUGCCUCAAAGACCAUGUUGAAUUCCCAUUUGAAGACUCAUGCGAAACAAAAUGCACGGCAACAACAGGAACAGCAACGAAGGGAAUUGCAACAACAACAGUAUCAACAACUUCAACAACACGAGCAGCAACAAGCUCUGGAUACUGUAACGAUUUUAUUGCCGAGUUAAAGUAAUACUAAACGACUGGCUCGAAAUGUUGUCUCAUAAUAAUGAUUAGAUAAAAUUUCAUUAUCUAAGCUUUCUCUUAUUUUAACGUUAUUUUUCUUUGAAUCGUUACAUGUUGAAAACGUAAAUUUAUUCGUCGGAUUUUCACUGUAGGGACCACUUGAAAGUAUAGUAUUGAUACUGAUACAAAAUAAGUUUAAAACAUAAUGUUAUAUAUUUAUAUUUAUUGUAUUUUAUUUUAAAUUAUUUAAAAAAAGAAAAAAAAAAAGAAAAAAAAAGCAGCAACAAUUUUUACGUGCUAUGAGAAUCUUUAAGAAAAAAGAUAAGUAGUAAUCUAUGUGAUGAUUAUCAUGAAGUCUAUCCAAGUUAUUGUCUUUUUUUUUUUUUAUUGAAGAUUAUUUAUUGUAUUUCUUAUUGCGAUUAAGAAAAUAAUUUUGACUUGAUGUUAAAACUUGGCCUAUUCCAAGUGUUGAGCCGUCCAUAUUGUCUUUAACUUUUAAUUAUACAGUAUUUACCUUUAAUACUCAACUUUGCUUCUAGUUAUCAUAUUAGAUAUAGAAUCAUGUGUACUCGUAUUUCGUUCCUACUUCCAUAGCUAUUAAUCAAUUAUUUUUCAAAGCCACUUUUUUUUAUUCUAUCGUCAAUAGGAAUGUUUGUUGAAUAAAUUUUUCUCC